AUGAGCCUCCGCAUCGUCCCCGCCUCAGCGGCCGCACAAACGUUCACGGCAACUUCAACCUCGACCUCAGCCCCCUCGGUCCCCGGCCUCCACGACACGCUCCGCACCGGCCUCGGCCCCUCGCCGCUCUCGUCGGCCUCGAACGCCCUGGCCGCCGACCCGGCGACGACGCUGACGUCGGCGCACCCGCUCGAGGCGCGCCUCAAGAACUGGGAGGCCACGCAGGAGGCCCUGCGCAUGGAGACGCUGCGCCGCGCCUACGGCGCCGCCGAGCCCAUCCGCCGCCAGAUGGAGCUGGGCAUUACGCGCCGCGGCGCCUGGCGGCCCGUCGCCCUCGGCGGCGGCCAGGUCGGCCACCACGAGGAGAUUCUCCGCGGCAAGGACGCGAGCAUCUCGUGGGAGGACGUGUACCCUGGUGAUGAGGGUAUGGGCUCUGCUGGUGGUGUGGGCAUGCAUGAUGAGAUGGAGAGGAAGCUGAAGAUGUAA